GGAUGUUAAAGAGGAGACAACAGUGUGGGAGGCUGUGGUGAGAUGGGUGCAGCACAGCAGGGAGGACAGACUGCACCACCUACCCAGCAUCCUCCCUCACAUCCGCUUCAACCUGCUGACCUCAGAUGACACGGCGGCCAUCUUUAAACACCCCCUGGUCGGGGAGGAUCCUGGGAGUUCUGAGGUCAUCAGGAAUGUGGUACAGAAAGGGAACCUGAAGCCGAGGCUCGGGAUGACCACAGAAAUGGUUCUGCUGUACUUUUCAAGGGAAGGUCAGAUCCUCUACAUGAACCCUCACCAAGGGAAGUACAUCAGUUGCGACUAUGAUUAUGACCUCACAGAUGAUUUCCUGGCCCUGACAGUGACCAGCGAUAACAACAUCUACAUCCUGACUAUGGAUGGUAGCCCCUAUCAGUUGUCCAUACGCCAGUACAACCACACAGAGAAUGAGUGGGAAGCUGGUAUGUCCUCAGUGGCUUCGUUGGAAAGUGAAGAUUAUGAGGAUUUUAAGUUUCACGACGAUCUCCUUUUUGAAGUUGAUGGAAUGUUAUACCACGUUGCGGUGUUAGGGGAAUAUAACAACGUACUGAACUAUGUCAGGAUGAGGAAGUAUAACCAGCAUACAGACCAGUGGCAGGAGUGUUCACAGCUGGUACUUGAUGAAAUUCCACAAGAGUACGCGAUAUCCGGCGGUCCUAGCCUGUAUUUCAUCACAAGGUCAGAGGUGCAUUGCUACGACCCAAUCCAGGACUGUUGGUGCGAGCGUGCCCCGCCAAUAUACGCUCCCGACAUCUCUACAGCCGUUGCCAUGGGAACAGAGAUUUUCUGCACCGAUCGUAACUUCACCCGGACUGUGGUGUAUGACACAGAGUCAGACUGCUGGCGGGAACUGUCAGGCUGGCCGGACCCCAGAAACCUCGAUGUGCUGUGCGACUAG